CCAGUUCCUUAUUAUUAUGUAAAAUUAAUAAUUUCAAAAAAUUGAAAUAGUGUGAUAAAAAUUCUUAAUUAAAAAUAUUAUUUUAUGAUAAAUUUCACGUGAAGGCAUAUUUUAAAGUGCAUGCAUGUUAAAAAAGUGGGUAGUGUGAACGAUUUAUACAUUUCUUGUUUCCGCAUUUAACAAUAUGGCUGCCAGUUGUUUAGGGUAAUGUGGCGUUCGACAAAUCUGAGUGAAAUUGUUAUAAUUUAUUUUAGCCACGUAAAGAUGCAUAAAGUUUUAAGAGUUUUAUAGCAGUGUUUCAUGGAAAAGCUGCAAUAGAAAUACUGUCAGUGAAUAAAAUUCUGUAUGCUGAAAAAUUGCCUUAUAAAUUGAACAGUCAACAAACUUUUGUUUGUUUCAUCGAGUGGAUUUAUUUUAUUCUCUUGGAAGAGACUUGAUUAUGAACCAACCAUAAGGUUACUGAAUUAGUGCACCAGGGACUGACUUAAACAUAUUAGAUGGACAUAUUGCAGGUUAUGGCAAACUUGAAUUUCCAACAAGCCCCUAGAAGCCUAGCAAGCGGCGGGGUCGGCGGGCGCGUCGGGUCGGCGCUGGUGGGCGGCGUGUCGGGGCAUGUGACGCCCACGUUCGGCGGCGCGCUGUCGCCCGGGCGCGCCACGGCCAUGCCCGGCGGCGCGCCGCCCUCUAUGGCGUCGCGCUCCACGCUGUUCGGUCAGCGCGCCUUCGCGGACCGCCGCGUGCCCAUGCCCACGCCCCUUUCACAAGCCAACUCCAACUCUAUGUCAAGUAUGGCGAAUCUGUCUCGGUUCAACGCGGGGAACAACUAUCAUUCUGUGUUCGGCGAGGGCGGAGACACGUCGACGCCGCCGCUGCUGGACCUCAGCGAGUUCCCCUCCCUCACGGCGCGCGGGGCCGGCGACCAGGCACCGACGGCCGCGCCUCCGCCCCCUGGCUCUAAACCUUACGUGGGUAUGGUGAAGCAGCCAACGUCGGAACAGUCAGAGUUCACGAUGUCGUCAGAGGACUUUCCCGCACUACCGGGCACGUCUGCGGGCACGCACGUGCCCGACAAACCCGCCGAGUACACGCACGCGCCCGACAAACCCGUGCGCAAGGGUAUACAGACUUCGCCUGAUGGUGAUGUUAUCAGUCAAGGAGCUCAUAUGGAAUACUAUGGCAAAGUGUCGAAUAUACCAGAGACAAUGAUUGCUAACCAAUUUGGCAUAGUCGGACUAUUGACGUUCAUCCGAGCAGCGGAAUCGGACCCCAGCCUUGUUUCACUCGCGCUGGGCCAGGAUCUCACCGCGCUCGGUCUUAAUUUAAAUUCCCCGGACAAUCUGUACCUUACCUUUGCUGGACCUUGGGCGGAUACACCCUGCAGGCCACAAGAUAUGGACUACCACGUGCCACCCGAGUAUCUGAUAAACGGGUCGAUCAGAGAAAAGCUGGCGCCGCUGCGACUGAGUCGAUAUAAGGAAGACCUGUUGUUUUACCUCUUCUACUGCUUCGUGGGCGACGUGCUGCAGAUAGCGGCUGCGGCGGAGCUAUACAACCGCGAGUGGAGGUAUCACAUGGAGGAGAAGGUGUGGAUCUCGCAGGCGCCCGGCAUGCCCAUGGUGGAGAAGACGUCCACGUACGAGCGCGGCACUUACUACUUCUUUGACGCGCACAAUUGGAGAAAGGUGGCGAAAGAAUUCCACUUAGACUACAGCAAGCUAGAGGGCCGACCGCAACUGCCGCCGCACGUGCUCACGUAGCGGCCCGCGCCUCGCACCUAUUGUAGUUUUGUUAUAUAAAAAGUACAAGUUAAAACUA